UGGGGGGAUGUCAGUGCAGCCGCACGCCGUCACCUGACAGCAGCCCCCACCUCUGGCGGCCCCAGCAGCAGCGCAGGGAGCCAGCACUACCCCCGUCCACGCCCGUGGGGCUGGCGAUGCUGCAGCGUGCCAGCAGGUAUUGGUAGCCGGAUGCUGGGGAGGGGGGGGAUGCUGCCUCUAUGAAGGGCCCACCUUCAGGUGAGAGAUGCCCGGCUGUGCUGGCUGCUGCAGGCGCUGACAGCGGGGGAGUCAGGGGAGGAAGAUGAGCGAUGCCAGCAUACGGAGAUCGCUGCUGCACUGGAUCGCUGCCACCAGGGGCGGCUUCCCCCCAUCACCCGCGGUGACCGGGCCCGGGAUGGAGGAGCUGCCGGCGCACAGCCCCUGCCUGAACAGCACCAGCGGCGGCAACUGCUCGUCCGGCUCGUUCUCCCCGCUGGGCGCCGCGGACACCGUGCCCCGCUACCUGGGGCUCUUCCUCAUGCUACUGCUGGACCUGGUGGCAGUGGCGGGCAAUGUGGCCGUGGCCGCCGUUAUCCUCAGGACGCCCAAACUCCGGCAGUUCCUCUUCGUGCUGCACCUGUGUAUCAUAGACGCCCUGGCCGCCGUCACCGUCAUGCCGCUGGGGGUGGCGGCCAGCUCGGACAGCACGGCACUGGGAGAGCCCCUGUGCCAAGCCUACGUCUCCCUGGAGGUCUGCUUCAGCAGCGCGUCCAUCCUCACCGUGUCCGCCAUCCACAUAGAGCGCUACUACUACAUCGUGCACCCCAUGAGGUACCAAGUUAAGAUGACCUUGGGUCUGGCCGUCUCCGUCCUCGUCUUCAUCUGGGUCCAGGCGUCCCUCACAUCCACCGUGCCCUUCCUGACGCCUGCCGGGUACGGCGCCGGCAAUGCCAGCCUGGUGGACGCCACCCGCUGCUCGCUGCAGAGGAAUGCCGGGGGCCAUAGGAAAGUCUUCGUCACCUUUUUUGUCCUGGUGUAUUUCGUGCUGCCCCUCAUCAUCAUACUCACCGUGUACUGCAGCGUCUUCAAGGUGGCCCGAAUAGCCGCCCUGCAGCAUGGGCCAAUGCCCUCCUGGGCAGCAACAAGCCCUCGCCAGAGGUCCAACUCCACCGGCAGCCAGACCAAUAUCAUGCCAGCAGGGAACAGGUGUCAUAGGGACUCACCAGACAGAACCUUGGGGGGAGCCAAGGCAGCCUUUACCCUGAUGAUCAUUGCUGGACAGUUUGUUAUGUGCUGGUUCCCUUAUUUUGUCUAUCAUGUGCACAAUGCUCUAGAGAGCAAUUCCUAUAAAGCAGCAGGAGGCAAGUGGGAGAGCAUAGUGAAAUGGCUGGCAUACUCCUCAUUUACUGUCAAUCCCUUCUUCUAUGGGUGCCUGAACAGACAGAUACGCACUGAGCUGGCCAGGAUUCCAAAAUGUUUUCUGAAACAGUCUUUGGAUGAGCAGUUAGGCCUCUCUAGUCAUGAAGGCUCAGUAGAAGAAAACUUCCUCCAGUUCAUUCAAAGGACUAGUUGUGUGGUGGACAGGAGGAACAGUUUUCCUACAUCUUCUACUUCUAGGCUGCUGGUUAAUCAAAGUACACUGAGUUUUAGAAUACCAGGGCAAAUUCUGGAAGAAAACCCAGAAUUACUAGAACAUGAUUCAACAGAAGGGUUUAAAAGCAUGCAGAUGUGUUCUAGACAGGGGAACAAUCUAGGACCACCAAAAUAAACAUACAGUAUCAACUGACCAAGGUCCUUAAAAAAUAACCAGUGUUGAAGCAUAACCUAAAUGUGGCACAUCUUGUAAAAACUUGUUUAUAAAAAUGCUCUAUUGUCAGUGUAGGCAAAAACAAAUUUGUGAUAUGGAUUGAGUUUGAAUAUGAAAUGUUUACUACAAAGGCACUAGCACUUUUUACAGAAAAAUAGGGACUAUGGCAACAUGUACUACUAUCCUGUCAUGGACAGUAAUCUAGAGAUCACUCUAACUUGAUAUGUUUUAAUCUAUAUAAAUAUUCUUAUAUUUAGAACUUGUUGAUAAUUACAAUUAAAGUAUGCAUCAAUCCUACGGAUUUACAUGUAUGAUAUUAAGACCCUUUUGUCCAGUUGUGAAAUGUAUGUGGGCAGUCAUGCUCCUCUGUGUUCUCUGAAUACACAUCAAGCACAAAAUAGCAAUAAAGAACCGCAACAACAUAA